UUAAUUUAUAAAUUGUCAUCCAGGAGAGACGCACAAUAAUUGUCCAACGCUGCACAGUAAGACUUUUCAGUCUUUCGUCUUCUCCUUCAAAUCUCCACUGUUCUGAUAAAAUCGCAGCUUCCUCAAGCUUCUGCUUUGUUUUCAUAUAUUUGUGAUUUCUCAUGUACAUGCUUCCUCAAUCAUCUAUAGUUGUAAUUGUUCUAGAUUCCUCAAUUAGGGUUCAUCUUUUUUUCUUUUUCUUAUCUAUGUUUUCAACUUUGCCACAUUGAGAUGUACUUGUGAGUUUCCGAUUUUGCUCAAGAAAUUAGGAGCAGCUUGCCCAGUCAAAUACUAGAUUUCUUUAUCUAUUAAUGGUUGCACUCCACCAUGGGAAGAAAGUAUUCCAAGGCAACAACUUACAUAAGUGGUGCUUCAAACUCGAGUUUUCGAAUUCCAUUUGUAGUUUUGCAGGAAGCAACUAACAACUUUGAUGAGAGUUUGGUCAUUGGACUGGGUGGAUUUGGAAAUAUUUACAGGGCUGUUUUGUGUGAUGGCACAAAGGUCGCCUUGAAAAGGUGUAAGCCUGAGUCCGAACAAGGUAUUCAAGAGUUCCAAAGAGAAAUUGAGAUGCUCUCUCAUUUCCGCCAUCCCUAUCUGGUUUCAUUGAUUGGAUACUGUGAUGAAAAUAAUGUGACGAUUCUAAUUUAUGAGUAUAUGGAGAAUGGGAACCUCACUAGACAUUUGUAUGGCUCAAAUCUACCCACUAUGAGCUGGGAACAGAGGCUGGAGAUAUGCAUCGGGGCAGCCAGAGGUCUUCAUUACCUUCAUAACAGUGCAGUUAUACAUCGUGAUGUCAAGUCUGCAAACAUAUUGCUUGAUGAGAAUUUUGUGCCAAAAAUUACUGAUUUUGGAUUAUCCAAGACAAGGACUGAGUUUGAUCAAACCCAUGUUACCACAGUCUUGAAAGGAACUUGGGGAUACCUUGACCCUGAAUAUGUUCUACGGGGAAAGCUGACAAAAAAAUCUGAUGUUUAUUCUUUCGGUGUUGUUUUAUUCGAAGUUCUUUGUGCUAGGCCUGCCAUAGUUCGUUCUCUUUCGAGGGAGAUGGUUAGUUUAGCUGCAUGGGCAAUGGAGUCGCAUAGUAAGGGACAGUUGGAACAAAUCAUAGAUCCCAAUCUUGUGACCAAAAUAAGACCAGAGUCCCUCAGGAAGUUUGGAGAAACAGCGGUGAAAUGCUUAGCUGAUUUUGGUGUAGAUAGGCCAUCUAUGGGUGAUGUGUUGUGGAAUUUGGAGUAUGCACUUCAUCUCCAAGAGCCUGUCAUUCAAGAUGAUCCUAAAGAAAACAGUACCAUCCUAAUUGGCGAGCAAAUCAAUGAUUUCAGUCAUGUUGAUGCCAGUUCUUCUGCUGCUCAAAAUUGGGAUGAUCUCUCUAGUGAUGAGGUAAUGAGUCCGAGAUAACUAAGUGAAAAUGGAAUUGUUUUAGAGGCAAUGAGAAGUUCUGACGUUAAAACGGAUGCUUUGAAACUUCGAAGUUUGAGUAGAAGUCCAAAAAAUUCAUUCGAACUUGAGUUUGGUGUUUUAGGACCAAGUAUUGAAGAAAAUCGACAAAGCAUAGGCCACAUGCCAUACGCAAUGCGAGCCGGGCCACAUCGCGCCAGCAUUGCAUGAAGUGACUUGGGCGGUGUGCGAUGCAGGCCGCAUCACAUUUAGUGGAGGAGAUUGACAUGAAGAAGAAUAUGUUUAUGAGGGCUUUUCUUGUAAAUGACAACUAUGAUAGAGAUCGUCUUUUCUUGUAAAUGACAAUUAUGAUAGAGUAAAAGUUAGUGAACAAAAAUAUUGGUCAGAGGGUGUUUGGAACAAAGAUAAUGAUUAAAUGAGAGAGU